GGGCCGCACUCAUUUCGCUCCGACCGGCGCGCACGAUGGCUCGCUCUGUGGCCGUGGUCUUUCUGAUGCUUGCUUCACUGGCCUGCUUGGAUGCCAUCGAGCGUACCCCGCAAGUGCAAGUAUAUACCCGCCACCCACCGGAGGAUGGCAAACCGAACUUCUUGAACUGCUACGUGUCACAGUUUCACCCACCCCACAUUGAAAUCGAGCUGCUGAAGAAUGGAGAGAAGAUAGAAAAAGUGGAGUACUCAGAUCUGUCCUUCAACAAGGACUGGUCUUUCUAUCUCCUGGCUCAUACUGAAUUCACACCCACUGCGGCUGAUCAAUACGCCUGCAGAAUUUCACACACCACUCUGAAAGAGCCCAAGGUUGUCACCUGGGAUCGAAACCUGUGAUUAAGCAUCAUGGAG